AUGUCCCCUGCCAGUGACCUCGAAGCCCACUAUCGAGCAUACAUCUCGACGCUGAACAAAGGCGACUUUGACCUUCUCAAGGAGAAAUACCUUGCUUCUCACAUACUGCACACCGGGAGGCAACUGGAUCCAGAUGGAUAUUGCAAGCUCGUCUGGCCGCACACCACGUUCGAGGUGGAUGAUCUGAUGACAGAUGUGCAGGAUCGUAAAGUCGCCUCGAGGUUGAGCAUCACAGCAGGCCAGAGACACCUACGGGAGAUCAUCUUUUACGAAUUUGACGAACAGUGGAGGAUCUACAAGGCGUGGAGCAUGGUCGAAGAGCUUGUCAAUGGCAUCUGGGGACCCGUCCAGUAG